AUGGCCGCUGCCGUCCUCAGUGAGUCCCCACCCCGGGUGAAAAUGCUGCACCAGCCAAAGAAGACACUAAGUUUCAUGCAAAUGAUUCUACUAAACUCAGUUGUGUGUGGUGUUGAGAUAUGUGCCUGUGCUGGAUUCACCUGCAUUUCACCACUCCUGCUCAAGGCUUUGUUAACACCAUGUGAGGCUUUAUUGUCUGAUGCAUCUAGAGAUACUGACCAAAAGGAACGGAUUUUUACCAUUUAUUCUUUUAUGAUAAGCUUUGGAGGCUGUGUCGGAUAUCUCAUAACAGCUUUGGAUUGGAGUAACACUUCGAUUGGAAUCUAUUUUGGUGGCCAGGAACAGGCUAUUUUUGCUAUCCUGACCAUUCUCUACCUAUUAGCAUCGGCUGCUACAUUAAUGGUUGCUGAGGAAAGCCCAUUGCAGCAAAACAACCUGGAACAAGUUCCUCUUUAUUCUGAUGUUGAAGAAAUGCAACUAGUAAUUAGCAAUGUACACGAGUCUGGAUACGAGACCAGUAGCAAUGAGUCCGUGUCUGACGACAAUGUCACACCAUCUAUCCCUUAUCUUAAAAACCACAACCGAAUAUCGCCGAGCAAAUCAAUAAAGGUUUCUCCAAUUCACACUUCCAAAACCCUCCCUUUUAUUUUCCGAAUUCCCUUCUUAUUUUGCAAGCUGCCCAUCAUCUACUACAUUUGUAAAUAUCUCAAACAGAUCUUUCGGUCAUUGUGGACAGGCAUCUAUCACCGGCUGCCAGAAACAGUGCAGACUGUUCUUGAUGUUCCACUAGUACUUCGUCAGUUGGCAGCAGCCAACUUUUGCAGUUGGACUGCACUCAUGGGCUUCACCCUCUUUUAUACAGACUAUGUGGGUCAGGCUGUCUAUCAGGGUAAUCCUAAUGCCCCCGAAAAUUCUUUGUCAAGAAACAAUUUUGAUGAAGGUGUACGAAUGGGCAGUUGGGGUUUGUUGUUCCAUUGUAUGACCUCUGCUGCUUAUUCUCCUUUCAUUGAGAGAUUGGUCGCUCGGUUUGGCUGCCGUCUCACAUAUUUGGUAGGAAUGGCUAGUUUUUCAUUGGCCAUGUUUGUCAUGGUUUUGUGUCACAAUAUAGUUAUUGUGAAUGCUAUAGCAGCAAUCACUGGAUUUGGAUAUGCAACUAUGACAACAAUUCCAUUUAUACUUAUAUCGGAUUAUCAUGCUGAUAAAGAGAUUUUUUUCUUUGAUGUUGAACCAACUAGUAGCAGUAGCAGCUCCAACAGCCAGGUGCGAGGCAUUGCAACUGACAUGGCCAUAUUGGACAGUACAUAUUUUCUUUCCCAGGUUAUUCUCUCUGGCAUCAUGGGAUAUAUAGUUCAUAUAACUGGGACUGUUCUUUCUUAUAUCAUCACUGCUGGAGUCAUGGGGAUAUUCUCUUGCAUUUUCACCACCAAAAUUAUCAUCAACAAACAAGAUAUUUUGCAGUAUGUCAGAGUUAGUCGAACACGAACUAUCUUAUAA